GCUUGGCAUUGUUUACAAUCUCCGACAUCGCCGACUUUAUAAAAAAAUAUCAGGAAAGCAACGUGGUUUGGUUACCUGUCGAGAAAAUUUCUAUUCAAUUUUAUAAGUGUAUAAAUUUGCUCAAAAAUGUCUAGUGAUAGCGAUAGCGAUGUCGCUAAGGAAACUGCUUCGGUUAAAGAUAAAACUCAGACGAAAAAACGUAAACGUUUACAGGACUAUUUAGAUGAAAAAGCUGCUCGCGAAGCUGCGGAACGAGCUGAACACGAACUAAGGAAACGCCGGAAGAGAGGUCUGAAUGAUGAUGAAGAAGGUGAGGAUGUUAGCUAUCCGGUGAUAAAUCCGAUCAACUUUAUCAAAAAUAAGGAAAUCCGAUCAAAAAAGUUCAAGCGCAUGCAAGGUUCAAAGAAAAAAGAAGAAAAAGCGGCCAGAAAAGCACGAAAACUUGAAGGAGGCCCUAAGUCUGUUGGUCAUACAAUUGAAAGUUUGCGAGAAAAAGAUCAAACGGCAAUUACAACCGCAACAGAUGAUGAUAAAGAGGAAAUAGCCAAUGAUUUGAAUAAUGACGAAUUUAGCAAAUAUUUUCAGAAAAGCUAUGAACCGAAAGUACUGAUAACAUACAAUGCAACCCCUCAUACUCGUACUCGGCGGUUCGGAGCAGAAAUGGAGAAAAUGAUUCCAAACGCAAUGAUACACUCAAGAAAUAAAGCUACCUUGAAAAAGGUCUGCAAGAGUGCUAUCCGAGAAGAAUACACCGACAUUGUCGUCAUUAACGAGAAUAAUAAACAACCCGAAGGGCUUUUAGUUAUUCAUCUUCCGGAGGGGCCUACUGCGCACUUUAAAGUGAGUAAUUUCAAAUCGUUGAAAGAUUUGAAAAAACGCCCUUCGCUUAUCACCGCCCACCGACCGGAGGUUAUUCUGACAAAUUUCACCACUCGAUUGGGUUUAACGAUAGGAAGAAUGCUUGGUGCACUAUUUCAUUACGAACCCGAAUUCGUUGGUCGUCGAGUCGCCACGUUCCACAAUCAGCGCGAUUUCAUAUUUUUCCGCCAUCAUUUGUAUGAGUUCGAUAAAAAUGGUAAACGAGUAAAGUUACGUGAGCUGGGGCCGAGAUUCACUCUGAAGUUGCGCUCACUUCAGCAGGGUUUGUUCGAUGUCAAAUGCGGCGAUUACGAGUGGAUGAUUACCAACAAACGGCACCAGAUGGAGGGUAGACGGCGUUUCUUCCUUUGAUGCCACUUCUAUUCGACUAGAAAAUGAUAAUUGUUAAAUAAAGUAUAAG